GAGUUGAGGAGGGCCGCCCAGCCAUGUUGAGGAGUCUGUCAAGCAAACUGCAGCCCGCCAUUGUGUAGAAACCAGGCUCUUUAGAGAGAUAAGAGUGCUUGGCAGAAACUCAUUUAUAGUCGGACAAAGUGUACACCUCGCUGCUGUUAAUUAGGAGAGAAUACAGUUACACAGGCCGUGGGGGGGAAAGACAUGUCAGCCAGCAGCCUUCUUGACCAGAGACCGAAAGGCCAAGCUAAUAAAGUGCAAAACGGAGCCGUGACCCAAAAGGAUACUUUGAAUGACGAUGAGUUUGAGCCUUACCUGAAUACUCAGGCCAGACAGAGCAAUGCCUAUACGGCCAUGUCGGACUCAUACAUGCCCAGCUACUACAGCCCCUCCAUCGGCUUUUCCUACUCCCUAAAUGAGGCAGCAUGGUCCACUGGUGGGGACCCUCCUAUGCCUUACCUGGCCUCCUAUGGACAGCUGAGCAAUGGUGAACCCCACUACCUCCCAGAUGCAAUGUUUGGCCAGCCAGGUCCCUUGGGGAGCAACCCUUUCCUGGGCCAGCACGGCUUCAACUUUUUUCCUAGUGGCAUCGACUUCUCGGCAUGGGGCAAUAGCAGCUCUCAGGGACAGUCGGGGACACCGCAGAGCUCUGGCUACAGCAGCAACUAUGCUUAUGCUCCGAGCACACUUGGGGGUGCCAUGAUUGAUGGACAGUCUCCAUUUGCACCUGCUGCCAACGAACCCCUUAACAAGGCACCUGGCAUGAAUAGCCUGGACCAGGGCAUGGCGGGUCUUAAAAUUGGUGGGACUGCCUCUGGUGGUAACGGAGAAAUGGCUCCAAAGGUGGUUGGCUCUGGGUUGCCUGGUGGGGGGUCCUUGGGUCCUGUUUCUUCUGUUGGACCUACCAGCAUGCCUCCCGUCUCGAUUGCUCCUGCCAAGCCUGCAUCCUGGGCUGACAUUGCCAGCAAACCAGCCAAGCCUCAACCCAAGCUUAAAAACAAGGGUGGCAUGGCAGGUGCCAAUUUGCCUCCUCCGCCCAUUAAACACAACAUGGACAUUGGCACUUGGGACAACAAGGGCACCAUGCCCAAAGCUGCCACCCCGCAGCAGGUGACCCCUAUUCCCAGCAACGGGCAGCCGCCUAAUCAGGCUUCUCUUCAGCCUGGAGCUACAGCUGCAGGGAAUCCACAAAUGCCUCUGAGCAAUGGACAGCUGGUUCCACCCACUUCCCAGAUGGGGCAGCAUCAGCUUCCACCUACUGGACAGCCAGGUAUUGGUCAGAUACCCCAGCCUCUCUCCCAGGGUCCUCCACCACCAAGCCAACAGCAGCAGCCUUCUCAACCUGCUCGCUGGGUCCCUCCACGAAACCGGGCCAAUGGGUUUGGAGACACUAGUGGAAAUGGGACCGGCCAGUCACCCCCCUCUUCUUCAAAUGUCGGAGUGGUUCCCGGUGUCCCCUCCGAGCCUCACCCCGUUUUAGAGAAGUUGCGCAUGGUUAAUAAUUAUAACCCCAAGGACUUUGACUGGAACCUCAAGCAGGGCCGUGUGUUCAUCAUCAAGAGCUACUCAGAGGAUGACAUCCACCGCUCCAUCAAGUACAACAUUUGGUGCAGCACGGAGCACGGCAACAAAAGGCUCGAUGCAGCUUACCGUUCCUUGGGGGGCAAAGGACCGCUUUAUCUUCUGUUCAGCGUCAAUGGGAGCGGUCACUUCUGUGGUGUAGCGGAGAUGCGCUCACCGGUGGACUACAACACGUCUGCUGGCGUGUGGUCGCAGGACAAGUGGAAGGGUCGCUUUGAUGUGCGCUGGAUCUUUGUUAAAGACGUUCCCAACAGUCAGCUGAGGCACAUUCGGCUAGAGAACAACGAAAAUAAGCCAGUGACCAACUCUCGGGACACACAGGAGGUACCGCUGGACAAGGCCAGGCAGGUGUUAAAGAUAAUCGCUGGAUAUAAACACACCACUUCCAUCUUCGAUGACUUUUCUCACUAUGAGAAGCGUCAGGAGGAGGAGGAGUGUGUGAAAAAGGUGGAGGUCCAAGGCAGUGAGCCAUAUCCCAGCAACCCAAGCAACAGGAGUCAUUACAGGCUUCAGGAGCGCCAAGGACGAGUCAAGUAACAGUUGGUGCUUUGGUCAAAAGACUGCAAUGCCCCCUCCUCAAACCCUGUCCACCCCAAUACAUUAUCACAUUCAGAUCUCUAAGAAAUUCUAAUAGGGGUGAAGAUUUAACAAAGGACAAAAGGAAAAAAAACUAAAUGAAGACUGAUUUCUUUUGACUUUAAAGACUUACUUGGAACUUGUAGUAAAAAGGAAACGAUUAUUCAUAGGACUACAACUAAAUGCAUAGCAUCCUUAGCUGAAAUCUUUUUUUGCCCUACCCCAUUCCACUACAUACGCUUUUUCCUUGUAUGCUGCUUUUUCCUUCCUUUUUUUUCAUGAAAGGAUCGGCAUCAGUUCUUAUGGUCCAGGACUGAGUCUGUAAUUCUCACGCAAACCUCAAUGAUCAAUCAUCCGUACAGAAAUCCAAUAGAAAAAUGUAGUCCCACAAUAAAGAACGGAAAGAUCGACAUGUUUAAACCAACCCUUUGCCUGUCUGCAAAUGAUGCUCGGAUCAUCAUCGUAGAAACCCAGAGCGACUUCCUCCACAGCGGACUUCUCACCGACAGCCGGUGCCAACUAUUCUCACGUCAGAAUUUCUGUUUGUACAUGCUUGCCAUGUUUUUGUUUAGGAGGACUGCAGAUGUUCGUAUGAAGCCCUCUGUGUUUUCACAUGUUGGAGUGUGUAGGGCAGCUGGGGUCAGGAGGAUCUAGACAGGAACAGUAAGGAACGGGUUAAAUGUUUAAGUUCAGAGAAAAUGUUAAGUUGAUGGGCUUUGCUCCCUGUAUAAUUUUAUGGAAAAAAAAAUGAGGCCGUCUGUUAAGUCUUCAUUGGACUUUAUUUACGCCUUUUUUCUUUCUCUUGAACAAGUCAUUGUUGCUAUGGGCUGCUUUUUUUUCCUUUCGUUUCUUAAGACUGAUGCGAGUGGCCAUGCCCCACUCUUUCUACUAAUCAGUUCAAAAGUAAUAAAUGUGGUAUAUUCAGCAGAGUUGUGUGCAUUCCUUAUGUUCGACUUGAAAGUGGCUUUUUUUUAUUCAGCUUGUUUGUACAUGGUAUUAAUGUUUGUUUUUUUGUCAUUUUUCUUCUCAGUUAUAAUCAGCCUGCAAAUAAUGGACGCUCUACUUUACCCCUGCAAUGCCUUUCUUACUGCUCUCUUUCCGUAUCAUCUUGUCCUCCACACUCCCCGAUUAUUUCUGCUCAGCCAGACAUUCAUAAUAAAUCACCAUUAAUUGCGGCCAUGCUCUGUGUCAUUGUCAGUUUAGAAAAAAAGGAAACCUUGAGAACUACUGGCUUUUAUUUGUGGCAUAAUAAAGAUGCUCUUCAAAGUC